ACAAGCUUGAUUGUACCCUCACUCUGUUGGUGGUUGCCAGAAUGUUGUCAUUCCUCUCAUUCUCACGAAUCAUGUUAAGCCCCAAUCACUUGAUGAAGCUGUUGAUUCCUUCACUCGCAUGCUCUCUAUGCGUCGCCCUCCAUCCAUCAUCCAAUUCACCAAGAUUUUGGGAUCUCUUGCCAAGACCAACCAUUUCUCCACAGCCAUUUCCCUUUUUCAGCAAUUGCAAGCCAGGGGAAUCGCUCCCGACUUAUUUACUUUGAGCAUCGUGAUUAAUUGUUGUUGCGGCAUGGGUCGUAUGACGCUUGCUUUCUCUGUAUUGGCUAAGAUUUUCAGAAUGGAUUAUCAACCUAAUACGGUAACAUUGAAUACACUCAUGAAAGGUCUCUGUCUCUGUGGUAGUGUUGAAAAAGCAGUGCGCUUUCAUGACAGAGUGCUGGCUCAUGGAUUUCACUUUAAUCAAGUCACUUAUGGGACUUUGAUCAAUGGCCUCUGUAAGACCGGCCACACAUCAGCUGCUAUUCAAAUGUUGAGAAAGAUCCCACGGUAUGGCAUUGCUCCUAAUGUCUUCAUGUACAGCGCAAUUAUUGAUAGCCUCUGCAAGGAUACACUUGUAAGUCAGGCUUUUCAUUUAUUCUCUGAAAUGCUUGCUAAGGGAAUUUCUCCAGAUGUUAUCACAUACAGUUGUCUCAUUUUUGGAUUGUGUCUUGAGGGUCAAUAUAAGGAAGCCGUUGAUUUGUUAAGUGAUAUGGUGCUUAGAAACAUUACUCCUAAUGUUUAUACCUAUAAUACUUUGAUUGAUGGGCUAUGCAAGGAAGGAAAGAUCAAAGAUGCUAAGAGUGUAUUGGCUGUAAUGUCAAAACAUGGUGUGAAACCAGAUGUGGUUACUUAUACCAGCUUAAUGGAUUGAUAUUGUUUGGUUAAUCAGGUAAAUAAGGCAAAAUAUUUAUUCAACACAAUGGCCGAGAA